ACCUUUGCAUCCUGAACAGAAGAAGUGAGCCAUUUUUGUGACAAGAAACAGGGAAGAGGUCGCUUUUUGCCCAACUGCUUGAGGAAGUGAAAUAAACGGAUCAAUUAAAGGAACCUUCGCUUAGCUGCAGUGGAAAAGAGGAACAUCUCUGUUUUUUUUGGCAUUUUUACAAAAAGGGAUAGAGUUAUGAGUUCAAAGUAGUAAGUCAUUUAUGACCCCUACUACAACUACAAAAUAUCCCCACCAUGGAGACUUGAAGAGUGUAUGCUCGAUGUGGGACUACAACCGCAGGUGGGAGUGGAUCCUGCAUUGACAAAACUGGAAGUCCCCUGCAGCAGCGUCACUGGGUGUAACUGGAACUAAGGUGGAACCAUGCAGCCAAUGUUGGCACACGAGCAUGAAUCAUAGAUGCAGAGUUCUUCCAAAAAGGCCACGCGUUUUGCCUGUUGCUGCGUUUGUUUUAUACUGAAACCAGAGAGGAUGUUGUGAACAUCUGAAGUGAAACCGUGGCACAAAGCCAAACAUAAAACAAGACAUUCUACCAGAAAUGUCCUUCUGACCAGAGAAUAAUGCCGGUGAUCCGUGGAGAAACUCUUCAGCCGUUCUCACCUGGUCAUAUCCAGAAGUGGAACUAAGCAAAAACAAAACUGUAUGUGCACGUGCAAAGAAGGGAGAUCCCCUCUUCCUAUGAAACUGGUUUUACUGGGAAAUUCAAUAAGAGACCCUUCAAAUGGCAGGGAAAGACUACAAUCAUCUCUUUAAGCUGCUCAUCAUUGGAGACUCCAAUGUGGGGAAAAGCAGCCUCCUGCUCCGCUUUGCCGACAACUCCUUCUCUGGCAGCUACAUCACCACCAUCGGCGUGGACUUCAAGAUCCGAACGGUGGACAUCGAUGGUGAGCGGGUGAAGCUGCAGAUCUGGGACACGGCUGGGCAAGAGCGAUUCAGAACCAUCACCUCAACGUACUACAGGAACACCCACGGUGUCAUCAUUGUUUACGAUGUGACUAAUCCAGAGUCGUUUGUAAAUGUGAAGAGGUGGUUGAAUGAAAUUUCCCAGAACUGUGACACCGUCUGCAAGAUUCUGGUGGGGAACAAAAAUGAUGAUCCUGACAGGAAAAAGGUGGACACCCAGGACGCUGUGCGUUUUGGGGAGUCGGUUGGCGUUCGCGUCUUUGAGACGAGCGCCAAAGAGAACAUGAAUGUGGAGGAGAUGUUCAUGGCCUUCACCCACAUGGUGCUGCGGGCCAAGAAGCAGAGCCAGAGCAGAGCCGAGAGGGAGCGGGACCGGGAGAGGGACACGGUCAACAUCAACGCCCAGAGAGACCGGGACCGCAGGAAGAGAGGGAAGAAAUGCUGCUGAGACGCCAAAGCCACUCAUCGCUGCACAAAGAGCGUUCAGAUGAGAUGGGAACACUGUGCCUUAGGAGAUAAGUGUGAAUGUGUGCAGUUACUGUUCACGGUGCAAACUGACUGAGGGAUUCCUGUCCUCCUGCACCGCACGUAGCAACCCGAACAAGUUAAAGGACCAUUCUGGUGUGUUUUCUCCUGCAGUCUGGUUCGGCAUCACGCGACUCCAGAGGAACUCGCACCGCAGGUUUCAGGUUGUGUGGAUACACUGUUAAAGAGGCUGGACUUCAUGCAAACAUUUUCACUGUCUCGUCACAUUCUUGUAUGAGGUUUGUUUGUAUACGGGCUCCAAAUUGGCCUCAAAGAUGUCUCCCUGCCAAAAAAAAAGUUCACAAAUCACUUGCCAGACUCGAGACUGACUGUCUGAUGAGAAAAUGUAAGAUUUGACUGUCUGUUUGGUCAACAGGAAGAGAAUUUUACUCGUAAAAACAAAUUGAUCAAUGUUUGAGAGAUGCCCAUCGAGAUGGAGUGCUGGUCGCGCUGAAGUAGUUUACCUCAACUCUUGACUCCACGAUAGAUCAAUGAAUCUGUUACACAGUUUAAAAUUCAGUCAGGGUUUGUAAGAAAUUAUAUUUUGAUUGACUUCAGAUUAAGCCCCCAAAAUAAUCGUGUUUUAAACCAUAAGCAAACCUGGUUUGUCACGUUUUUCACUGGUCAAAUUUGUGAGGAGGGAAAAAGAUAAAACUGGAGCUUCUAGCUCACCAUCUGAAAUGUCCAUGUUUGUUCUGUGCUAUUCACUAACAUUUGUUUUAUAUUAUAGUUUAAUAAAUUAAUCUGAUUAUUUUCUUCAUUAAAGUUGUUAAUAUUAAUCGUAAUCUCCUGGAGAUCACAGGAUCAUCCUUAGAGGCUUGGGGCAGUACUUUGUGUGUGUGUGUGUGUGUGUGUGUGUGUUUACAUAUUCUUGCAGUAUUUUAAUGUUGCACCAGGAAAACAGUCACAUCUCUUUGAUUGUAGCGGACACAUGUAAAAACACCAGAAUGUUCCUUUAACUUCCAUCUAGAGCCUGUUACAUGUCUUAAAAAAAUACUGAAAGUAUUUAACCACUAAAGGGAACUGUUGGAUGCUAAAUCAAAAGCUUACUGUGUGAUGAGUUCAGUCCAAACGUCUGCCUGCCUUGUUUCAGUCAUAAUGAGGCCAGUAAUCAAAGACUACAGCAAACUCAUUUUGUCUUUUAAUGUCAGCCAGCCGCUUUGCAAAUGUCUCAAUCCAAAUAAAGCAAUAAAUCCAGUGAAUGUUUCUUACCAAGUGCAACAAUGCUUGAACGUUUUGCUGUUUCUGUUAAAAGUCCAUUUUCACAUCAGCUUCAUCCUGUUUGGGGAUCAUACAAAUAUUGA